CGAAGCGGUACCCGUUUUCUUCGUCAACGCCCCAUUUUUAACCCGUCUUCUAUUUUGGGAUUCCAGAUCGGUUUCUGUUUCUUCUCCUCAAUUUUUCUCCGCAGUAAUUCGCUUUAGAUCUGUGUUUUGAUUUUUAUUCUUUCCUCUGAGAAUCAUCAAUUGGUAGUUUUUCAUUCGCCCUCUUCUGGUUUUCUUGUUUUUCUUUCAAGAUGGAUCUCUAGAUUUUGAACGCUAUGUAUUUUCUUUUAUCUGUUUUUUAUUAUUAUUUCUACUAUUAAAUAAAUUUGAUUGGAUAUUUUUUUAAAAAUAUUGAUAUUUUAUUUUUAAGUUAUGUCUUCGAAUUUGGGGAUCUAGGGUUAGGUCUUUUGCAUGCCAUACUAUUCAAAAUUGAUCUGUUUUCGGGUAAUCCUUUGAGAUUAGCUCGAUUCGAAAGAUCUGCUUUUCAAUUUGAAGAACACCCCGCCAAUUUCAGAUAAACAUGGUGCAAAAACGGUCAUUUGACCAAGAAUUGAAUGAGCUUUCAUCCAAGCAGCCUAGGCUUGUGAGGCAUUGUGACCAGCUAGCUUUUUUGGGCUUUCCUCGUGUUCCUAUUCCUUUCAAGUCUCACUCUUUAGGUGAAGGUGAGGCUGAGGCUGAUAUUCCAUUUGAAAGAAACUUCACGAUUGAUGAGAAAUUUGAUGGUCGAUACGCUGAUGAUUUUCAGAGCUCUCAAAGAGGCAUCCCCCAUGGUUUUGCCACUAGCAGCACCAGUGAAGAAGAUGUUAAGCCAGAGUGUCAUUAUUACAUAUUAUUGUCUCCUGAGCAUCACGAUGUCAACAUUGCCCGUUCAAAAAUAAUAUAUUCUUCUCUCAUUAGAAGCCCUCCUCGAAAGCUGGUUCCCCUUGGUCCGAAUCAUCAGGCAGACAUUCCUGUUAUCUUGGGACACGAGAAGAAUAAAACUUCCCAAGAUGUAGACUGGUAUAGAAAUGGCUAUUUUGGCGAUGACAAUAGAUUCUGUGGAACAUGUAUCAUUCCCAUGCCCAAACAGGACCCUGCUGGAUGCAGUGACAAGAGCAGUGCAGGAACUGGAAGUGGUGGUUGUGUAUGUGGAGAUGUGGGGUCAAUUAGAUGCAUUCGUCAGCACAACUUUGAAGCGAGAGAGAAACUAAGGAGAGUGCUUGGCAAGGAGACAUUUGUCAGUCUUGGAUUCGAAGAUAUGGGUGAGGUGGUGGCUUCAAGGUGGAGUGAAGAUGAACAGGAAUUGUUUCACGACGUUGUCUUUUCCAACCCUGCAUCCCUCGGCAAGAAUUUCUGGGACAACCUCGCUGUUGAGUUUCCUUCAAGGACUAAGAAGCAAAUAGUGAGUUACUACUUUAACGUCUUCAUGCUGAGGAGGCGAGCUGAGCAGAACAGGUUUGACCUUUUGAAUAUUGAUAGUGACAAUGAUGAAUGGCAUGCACCGGGCGAGUCGUCUGAAGAUGAAGCUAAAGCGAGUGGUGAAGAUGAAGACUUGGUUGUCGAAUCCCCUGUUCAUAUUGAUGAUCACUGCCUUGUUGAUAAUCAAAUGGUAUAUAAUGAGAAUAGUAGCAUUCAGACAAACAAUGCUGUCAAUCAUGAACCAGCAGUUACGUAUUUUCCGGGGCCCAAUCAGUCCAUUCGGGAAUGGGACAGAGUCCUUCCAAAAGGAGAUUACAGCUGUAAUGGUGUUGUCACGCCACAGCAAGCAGAGGGGAAGAUCGAUACUAUCAAAGAUUGUGAACAGAGUGUGGGUACGUGCAGCAGUGACACCAGGCACGAUCUGGUGGUGGAACCCUGUAAUAAGGAAUGGGACGUGGGUUCCUUUGGGUGCAGCCCUCAGAGCAGAGUGGAGUUGUUGCCGACUCCAGGCAUGAUUGAUGAAGUUUUUGGGGACAGUGAUUGGAACAACUACCCCAGUAGAGAUGAUGGUCAUCAUCAUCGUGGCUCGAGCUAGAAUCUUCAUGCAUCCUGGAGAUUGCGUAGGUCAGUUUUUUACAAUUCAGCCACCAUUCGAAGCUGUGGAAUAUCAAUAUUUGUUCAUUUUUCCUGAAUUUGAGAUGAUAUAUAUGCGCAGUGAACCUAGUAGUGAAAUUGAUUUGUCUGGAGUAGAACAUUGUUGAAGGCUAUAGGAGUGUACAUAAUAAGCAAAUGUCGUGAUCGACUUGAAUUGUCAAGUUAUAUUGAACAAGAAGGUCCAUAAAUGAUCAAAGAGUAC